AUGGACGGAGGGAGUGGCCUGAACAUUAUGUACGCGGAGAUGCUGGACGCUAUGGGCAUCGAUCGCUCACAGCUUCGUCCAUCCGGUGCACCGUUCCAUGGAGUUGUGCCUGGGAAGCAGGCGCUACCUAUCGGGCAGAUCGACCUGCCAGUGACAUUCGGGGAUCCGACCAAUUUCAGGACGGAGACCUUAACGUUCGAAGUGGUGGGAUUCUCCGGGACCUACCACACGUUAUUAGGUCGGCCGUGCUAUGCUAAGUUCAUGGCAGUCCCCAACUAUACAUACCUCAAGCUAAAGAUGCCCGGGCCGAGGGGUGUCAUAACUGUAGGCACUUCCUUCCAGCAUGCCUUUCAGUGCGAAAAGGAGUGCUGCGAGCACGCCACGACUGUCAUUGCCUCAGAGGAGCUUAUUGUUCUAAAGGCAGAACACGAAGAAGGGCCCCUUGAUUCCAACGGCAAGAAGUCUGGAUCGUUCCAGGCGGCUGUGGACACCAAGGAGAUUGAGAAAAGCGCGCUCGUCGACUUCCUCCGAGCUAACAAAGAUAUCUUCGCGUGGAAGCCGUCCGACAUGCCGGGGAUCCCAAGGGAGGUCGCCGAGCAUGCCCUGAAGAUCAAUCGUGGGUCGAAGCCCGUCAAGCAGUGA